AUGGAUAGCCAGCACCAUCCAGUCCCUGCAGGAAUUCCUGGAGAAAUUUAUAUCGGUGGAGCGGGUGUUGCUCUAGGGUAUCUAAACCAUGAUACGCUGACUAAAGAGAGAUUCUUGCCACACGACUUCGCGCCACGAGAGUACACUCUGUAUAAUUGGACUACAAUGCAUAAAAGUGGCCACCAUGGCUAUUUUGUAUUGGAUGGGCACUUAUUUUUAGAUGGAAGAAUCGACGACGACGCACAGAUCAAGCUACCCGGAAUCCGCAUUGAUCGUCGAGCCAUCGAAUCAACCAUAGUACAACAACCAACGGAGCAAUUCAGGACGCUAUUAUUUCUGUUCAUGGCUCUAAUGGAUAUGCAGCCGGCAGUUGUGACCAUGUUGGAUCAAUCACCAACUAACUACUCGGGAAAAGUCGAUGGAAAGGCUAUUUCAGAACUUCAAUCUCAUCCGAGAGAAGCAUUUAGCAGGAUAAUGCCACAACGGCUUAGUGGCGAAGUCAAGAGAAAUAUGGUGACAAGUACUGGGUGA